UCCACAAUGUUGAAAUCUAAUAUUGAUCUACAUAAUAUUGACGAUAAUACAAUCGAGCCUCAAAUUGAGCCUAUAAUAGAAGAGGAUGAGAAAAAAUCUGAAGAAACAUUGAAGGAAGAAGACAGUGAGGUUUCGGAGCAAAGUGUAAAGUUAGAGUAUCCAGAAAGAAAGUUGCAUGGGUCUGAAGUCAGUGUCCGUCUUAGUUUACUAGGGAAAACAGCAGAUGGAGAUGGGUACACUUAUUUGAAAGCUAAAUGCACAGGAAUGAAAUUAACCGAUAUUUCAGCAAUAUGCGCAUUUAAACAUCUGCUUUACGUGGACGUUUCUGACAACUUUCUAACUUUAGACAGCUUGCAAGUAAUAACUACUCUACCAUAUCUUGUUCUCAUACAUGCAGAUAAAAAUUUGCUACAAUCUGCUGCAUUAAAACCUAUGAAGUACAUGCAAGUGAUGAUACUAAAUAACAAUGAAAUAACAUCAGUAAAUGAUGUUUAUCAACCUGAACUAUGCACCUUGGAGGCUGGUUAUAAUAAAAUUGAAAAAAUUGAAUUUAACAAAAGAAUGGAGACAAUAAAAGUAUUAGAUUUCAGAUACAACUUCAUCAGUGAUCUAUCUGACUUAGAUUUUGUAAACAUGGACAGCCUAUACCUGGCUGGAAACAAAAUAAGAAGCCUUGAAGGUAUAGGAAAAUUAGUGAAUCUAAGAAUACUCCAUGUGAGAGAUAAUCCAAUAAAACUUUUAAAUGGUUUUGAGCCGGACAUGAAAAAACUACAGUAUGUGAACCUUCGUGACUGUAAAGUGAUGACACAUAAACAAAUUAAGAAAUUGAGAGUAUUGGAAAGCCUAGAUACAAUAAUAUUGAGAGGUUGUCCAAUCAUGGGGGCCAUAGAUGAUGAUGCCGAGGUUGAAGAAGACGGUGAAUUGAGGGUAGAGAUCCUAGCUACUCUUCCUCGACUGAAGAGAAUUAAUAAGGGCAUAGUUACCGCAGAAGAAAGAACUGAAGCAAACAAUUUACUGAAAGAAUGGAUUGAAGAGGAAGAAGUGAAUGAAGAGGAAUCAGAGGGUGAAGAAGAACUAACAAGUGAAGAAAAGUCUCUAAACAUGCCUUAAAUUCUUAAAAAUAUGGUUCCCACACAUAACUGCAAAUUAGCAUCACAUCAUAAUGUUAAUUUUUAUAUGAGUUUUGUAGCAGAUAUUUGCGAUAUGUGUGUCGCAGAUAUGUGUGGGAGCCCAUAGUAAAAAAUGUAAAAAAUAAAUAUUUACC